CACAACAAGCUAAAGGGAUUGCUUGGAGGUACGAGGUCGUAAGAAUAGUGUGAAGGUGCUAUUUUUUUGUUAAAAUUCUUGUGUCUCCCUCGAGAGGGAAAAAAAAGUGGAAAAAAAUCGAGGAUUUUUUUUGAAAUUCUGAGUGAUUGGAGUUGGGGGAAAAAAUUAAAAGUGAAGUGAAUUCGAAUACGUAAUAAUGCAAAAUUAUGGACACGAGGAUUACGACUACGGUGCCGAUGCAUCGGGCGCUCAGGGUGGAGGAAGAAAUCUCCCUAAUCCACCUGGUGUACGGCCCAAGGUCGAUCCCCUGGCUGAGGGCGAAGUGGAUCCAACGAUCUACGGACAACCCAAGGAGGCCACCCACAAGAUACGAGGCAAGAGCGAUAUUCUUGAGUAUCUUUUUGGCACUGUUGAUCAGGAGUUACUCACUGUGAAGACAUUCUACUUCUUCUUCUACUCGGCUUUUGGAUCGUUAUUUCCACUCAUGGGGGUGUACUUCAAGCAGAUGGGCAUGAAUGCUGGACAAUGUGGGCUUCUUAUUGGGUUAAGGCCCUUCGUUGAAUUCCUCAGCGCACCCUUCUGGGGCUCCUUGGCUGACAGAGGACCGUCGAAAAUUUUCAGAUGGCAGAAGGGCAAGAUCAUUCUCCUGGCGUCGCUCUCCUGCUGGAUAAUCUUCACCCUUCCCAUUGGCUUUGCACAGCCCCCACCCACCACCUGCAUGGAGUGGAGCAACAACAGCGAGUGGCUGGCAGUUCCCAAAACCGGCACUCGGAGCAAGCGAUACGUGGACCUUGACGAUUUCUACCAGCCCCAGGAGAGCGACGACGAGGAUCUGGAGGUGGCGGCCAACGUUGUCUUCGGGAGGCUGAGGAGGGACACCGAUUAUGCCGACGAGGACCGCGGGAGAAACUCGUACGAUUUAAUGGGGAAUGAAGUGUCGAGUCGCAGGAUGAAGCAGCGGCUGGAGAGCAAUAGGGUCCGGAGGCAGGCGGAUACCACCGACCUUAAGUAUAAGCAGUUUGUGCCUGAGGGGGGUGAGGAUGAUCCUGCGGCUAAGACCAUUGACUUUGGAACUAUCGCCAAGGCUAAUCGGCCCGCUGAUGUUUUGGAGUACAAGAGGUUUCUUAAAAAUGAACCUCUCGACGAGACAAAACCCCCCAAGAAAGCGCACACGAGAACAAAAUCGCAUUCAAAGGCCCCUCGUGCGAAAGUACUGGCCAAGCGCUCAGUCGACCUCCACGACGAGCUCUUCACAAACCAAGGAAACCAAGAUAUCACCGAAGUCGAUGCCAUGGGACGUCGACUCAUGUCUGCAGAAGAACAAGACGACAUUGAAAUAGAGGAAUUCGAGGACGACGCCGAUGUCGAAGAGGUCGACGUGCCCCUCAUCAGAAAGAGGAGGAGCAUGAAGUUCGUGUAUCAGAAUCAGGGCAAGAGUCCAGUGUCUGUGAAGAACGCCAGGAAUUACGAUCCCAAGGAGAACAGUGACUGGGUCAAACCGGCUUUUAGCACUAUUGUUUAUCGACUCGGAGACAUUCAAAAGACCUUUUUUCUCCUGCUUCUCCUCGUGAUCGUGGGAGAAUUCUUCUCUGCUCCGGCGAUAACCCUAGCCGAUUCAGCAGUUAUCACGCUUCUCGGCGAGGAUGCCGACAGGUACGGACACCAGAGAAUGUUCGGGAGCCUGGGCUGGGGCCUGGCCAUGUUCUUCGUUGGAAUUGCCCUCGAUCACAGCACGUCUUUUCCCGAUCAUCCCUGCACACCCGAUCCGAGGGAGAAGAAUUACACAAUCUGUUUCGCUAUCUUCAGCGUUCUGAUGGGGGCAGCUUUGAUCACCGCUACCCAGAUCAAUUUUAAAUAUGAAUUUAUAGCUCCGCAACCGGAGGUUGUGAAGCCCCCAGCGGAGCCAACAAGAGAAGAGCAACUGCAGUCUGAAUUAUCUCAGCAGUUGAAUCUCCCAGGCUUGCAGGACUCGUCUGCAGCACCCCCCGUAGCUCCACCCCCCGAGGGCAAAACGAAGAUGUUUGCCCAGACAACGAGGGAGAUACCCGAGUGGGUGACGGUCCUCAAGCAAUUCAAGGACCUCAAGUGUGCCUCGUUCCUCUUUGUCGCUUGGUUCAUGGGCUUCGGCAUAGGACUCAUCUUUACUUUUCUCUUCUGGCAUCUCCAGGAUUACGGGGGCUCGCCAACGUUGUUUGGAGUUGCUUCUGUGAUCAAUCAUAUCUCUGAGAUAUUCGCGUAUUUCUUCAGCUUCAGGCUCAUUGGAGAAUUUGGUCAUGUGAAGGUUCUCUGCUUGGGUCUGGGCGGCAAUAUUCUUCGCUUCCUCUAUAUUUCAUACCUGAAGAAUCCGUGGUGGGUACUGCCAUUCGAAUUCAUCCAGGGGAUCACCCAUGCCGCUGUCUGGGCUGCAUGCUGCAGUUACAUCGCUCAUAACACACCUCCACAGCUUCGAUCAAGUGCUCAAGGGGUUCUCCAGGGGCUUCAUCACGGUCUCGGGAGGGGAUGUGGGGCGGUUAUUGGGGGAAUGUUCGUUGCGAGCUACGGAAGUACUGCAACGUUCCGUGGAUAUGGCCUCCUCUGCGCAGUCGUUUUAGCAGCCUUUAUCUUCAUAAAUUUCUACAGAAAAGAUACUGGAUUCGUUGCGGAUUUACCGCAGACUGAGGAUCCUCAUCAAGUGGCUGAGGCAACUCAUCUCGCGCCACACGGUGUACCGAGUAAUGCUAUCCCACGGGCAUUAAGUUCAAGUAGGCUUCACGAGCUUGCACAAGAGCCUAGUUAUGGAGCUACUUAUCAGACUACUGGGGGAAAUCUCAACGUUCCUGGAGGCAAUGGAGGAGGAAAUCCGAAUAAUCCGUUCUUGAGCGGUGGCGGUGGUGGUGGCACCGGAGGCGGUUACAAUUAUGGUAUGAGCGGUAAAGGAGAGGACGAAUUCAUUCGUAGGAGCUUCCAGACUUACAGUGAAGUGGUCGGUAGGGAGUACGACCUGAAACCACCACCAGUGGUAACUCAUCUUCAUGCCCAGCAGCCUUGCACCAAUCCAUUUCAUCAGCAUGACUACGAUUGGUAACAAAACUGCUCAUCUGCAGUUUAAUUUGUCUAGUCAUUAUUGAGAAAGAAGGAACGAAGAGAUAAUACAUGAAGCGAAGUACUCUUGAAUUAAGAAUAUGACUGAGAAUAGUCAUUUAUUCUAAUAUUAAGAAACUUUAUAUUCUGGAUUGAAGAGUAUUUUCUUUCCCGAGAAGGAGAAUGAGGGAAUAAAAUAAAUAGCUGGACGUUUUUUUAAUUAAGUGGCGAAUGAACAAAGAACGAAAGGAAAAAGAUGAAUCGCUUGACCAUCUCGAGGUUCAUAAUAUCGUUCAUUUAUCUGGCAGUACGCGUAUCAUAUCACCUCAUCCGUGUAUCAAUCAGUUGCCAUAGAUGAGUUUAAAAAUAAUUUGAAGAAAAAUUGAUUAAGAUAUCAGUCAGUGAGGUGAUUGGUAGGGAGUACGAAUCCAUUUCAUCAGCACGACUACGAUUCAUAACAAAACUGCUCAUCUGCAGUUUAAUUUGUCUAGUCAUUAUCGAGAAAGAAGGAACGAAGAGAUAAUACAUGAAGCGAAGUACUCUUGAAUUAAGAAUAUGACUGAGAAUAGUCAUUUAUUCUAAUAUUAAGAAACUUUAUAUUCUGGAUUGAAGAGUAUUUUCUUUCCCGAGGAGGAGAAUGAGGGAAUAAAAUAAACAGCUGGACGUUUUUUUAAUUAAGUGGUGAAUGAACAAAAAACGAAAGAAAAAAGAUGAAUCGCUUGACCAUCUCGAGGUUCAUAAUAUCGUUCAUUUAUCUGGCAGUACGCGUAUCAUAUCACUGCAUCCGUGUAUCAUUCAGUUGCCACAGACAAGUUUAAAAAUAAUUUGAUGAAAAAAAUCAUUGAUAUAUCAGUCCACAGUAACGAAUCUAACGAAGUUAAGCCAUCCGUUAAAAAGCCAACUCCAAUGAUUUUAAACUCGUCGUGAGUCCCCAUUUCCCCAUCGACUCUCUGAAUUAAAUAUCUCCAUCUCGAGAAACUUGUAUUUUUAACUGUUGAAUUUAAAUCCCCCCGAGUUUUCACAGCGAGAUGAUGAAUACAUAAUGCAAAUUUGUAAAUAACUAUUGAAUUUGCGAGAACUCCGAAGCAGAAUAAUUGUUUUCCGUUGAAUUUGCCUAGAUGUUCUUCAUUGAAAAGAAAAACAACCGUAAAAUUAUAUAAGAGAAUAUAUUAUAAAUAUUGUAUGAUUAGAGCCUAGACCUAAGCCUAUUACCUACUGAUAAUUCAUCAAUGACAAUGUGUUUUGUCCCGAGACUAUGUUCAUUUCGUUGAGAUUGUAAAGAGGGUAAUGUAUCAUCCAGCCUUUUACCCUCGCGAGGCACAAAAAAUACUUGAAAAUGAAAAAAUCCAAACGAAUUGUACCAAUCUCAAAACUGUUCUUUAGCCGUGAAAACAUUUUAUUGUUUUCCAAUUAAUGAUUAAGUAUUAAGAAGUAUUAAUGGUUGAAACAAUACGACGUGACGUAAUGGACACUUGUAUCAAUUUUGUGUCAUGAAGUUUGAAUAUAAAUUAUCGAAUUUGGGUUGCAGACGGAAA